AUGCCGUCGAACAGCCGCAGGGUGGAAAGGAGAUUGUACAACCGACAGAUAUUUAGCUGUUUUCUCCUUGUACCAAUUGCUAUAUUUGCUUUCUUUGUUUUUCAGAACGCUAAUUUACCUCGCCUUCCUGCAAGAUUCUCUACCUCACACAAUCUUCAAGACUCCAGCUUUGUUAAAGACGGCGAGACUGGGGAGCUAGAGAGCCGUAACUACACUCGGCUUGACCGUCGUGCCACGGACGUGAACCAGGACCAGUCAUAUACUUGCACGAAAGAUAAGCCCUGCUCGAAUGGGGCGUGUUGUGGAGAAAGUGGUGUUUGUGGAUAUGGGCCAACAUACUGCGGUACUGGAUGCACCUCCAACUGCGAUGCCCAUGCACCUUGCGGUCAAUACUCAAAGUCAGGCAUUUCUACUUGUUCUUUGAAUGUCUGCUGCUCUCAAUAUGGAUUCUGUGGUACCACCAGUUUUCAAAUUGUGCCCAUGCCCGGGGGCAGCUGGGAAUUGAUUUAUCAGGUGGCUGAUGCGAAGAAAAGAAACGCAGACCUUCGGGUUUGGCUUUCGAUCGGUGGCUGGACUUUCAGUGACAAUGAUACCACCACACAGCCUGUGUUUGGUGAAAUUGCUGCCAGUUCAAAUCUGCGUGAGCUCUUUGCAGCAAACGUUUACUCUUUCAUGGUUCAGCAUGGCUUUGAUGGCGUUGACCUUGACUGGGAGUACCCUGGUGCCGGAGAUAGGGGCGGAGAAGAGGUGGAUGUCGCCAAUUAUCCGCUUCUUAUGCAGGCAAUUCGCUCUAGAUUCGACGACGAAGAAAAGGACUUCGAGAUCUCAUUUACCGCCCCGUCCUCCUAUUGGUAUCUUCAGUGGUUCGAUCUACCAAAACUUCUCAAGUAUGCAGAUUAUGUUAACUUGAUGACCUACGAUUUGCAUGGAGUCUGGGACAAGCACGAUCCGUUCGGCUCGCACAUAUAUGCUCACACUAACUUGACAGAGAUCGACGACAGUCUCGCACUACUGUGGCGGAAUGACGUCGAUCCUCAAAAGGUGAACCUCGGCUUAGCGUUCUACGGACGCACUUUUGAGCUCGAUGAUCCUAGUUGUUUUACCCCCGGGUGUACUUUUUCAGGAGCAGGAGCCGAAGGCCGCGACACCAGUACUGCGGGUAUUCUCUCUUACUCAGAGAUACAAGACCUAAUCAAUUCUAACGAGGGCUCUAUCUUCACUACCUACGAUCCUGAGGCUGGUGUCAACUAUAUGGUAUAUGACCGGGGGACCAGCUGGGUGUCAUUCGAUGACAAGAGAACUUUCCAGCAAAAGAUUGACUUUGCCAAUGCCCGUGGGCUGAAUGGUCUCUUUAUCUGGGCCAUUGACCUUGAUGAUGACACUUUCACGGCACUGAAGUCGGUCACAGGCAAGGAUCUAGCGCCUAUAGUGAGAGAGAGUGCAACUUUGAACUAUUUUGAUAUAGAUAAAUGCUUCACCACUCCCUGCGGAGUCGACUGUGCUGACAGCUUCAUCACUAUGACCGAUUUAACAACUGCGAAACUUCACCCAGAAUGCCUGAAUGGCCAGAAGCGUCAGUAUUGUUGCCCUCCAUGGGGUGCACCAGAUCCGUCUACCUGUACAUGGCGAGGCGAUGGUGUUAAUUGCCGGGGACAGUGCAAUGUAGGAGAAGUCCUGCUGAACUCUAACAAGUGUGGCGAUAGCCAUUCUUCUGAGUGUUGUAUCAGUGGCGAAAAGGCUUUUUGCUGCCCGGCGACCAGUGGCGCCGCAGCAGUGUCUGCCUGCGAGACGGUGAACUGGUCGUGGCAAUCCUGUCCGGCGGAGAGACCGCAGCAGCUAGGAAAAGUGGACAAUCGUGCACUUUGUUGCCCGAAACAACCGGCGUUCUCCAACUGUGCCUGGCAUGGCUCUUAUCUUACCUGUUCUGGUAAUCGAUGCCCUGAAGGACAAGUGGAGCUGGCGCAGAAUACCAACGGCCGAGGUGGAAGUGGAUUUACUGGUUGUCUUCCCGGCCGAAAGCAAGUAUUCUGUUGUGAUCCUCCGUUCAAUGGCACCGCUUUCCUUCCGGUCUCUCUUGACAACCUCUUUCCUGAAGAUCUACCAGCCGCAUCCCCCCCAGUGUACUAUGAAGCCUUCGACCAUUCGGCUGAAGAGUGGGCAGAGGAGUAUCCGCAUUUCGAUUCAAGCUAUACCGAUGAUCCCAACAGGGAACCAUUUGCAUGGACGAUCAUGGUCGGCGCUGAAGCCGAUGUACAAUCUCUGCGGAAACGAGAUGGAUCCCAUCUAGAAACCUUCAAUUGCCCUAACCCGGCCAAGGACGACUACAACAUGCAGACCUUCAACGCUGUCUGUACUGUGGAGGGUGAUGACAACAACUGUGAACAUAUUGCUCUCGGCAGUGUCCAUGGUACCAUAAUACGCUUGCCAGAGGAGUGUGGCCCUGAUGAGUGGGUGCGAGUGGUCUCUUUCCGAGAAGUGGACCAUUCAGUGCCAUCACGCCUAUCCAAACGCCUAACUGAAAGCCCCAAAGUGUACGAAAUCAAGUAUGACUACAAUCUACGACACCUGCGCCGUGACGGAGGAGAGGUCUACGUCCGCUUCGAUGCCUCAGUUCAUCCAGGAUAUUGGGACGAGAUCAUUUCAUCUUCGCCCUCGGGCUCAGUGGAGAAACGAAGCUCUAACGACUGGCGUCAAUUCCAUUUGGACUGGUUUGAGCACAAGCUCAGCAAGCGUGGGUGGGGGACAAGUGACUCGUGGUGGCUGGAUCGCUUCAACGCCUUACUUGAUAGCCACAGUAACUACGGGCUCCAGAAGCAGUUUCACUUUGAGCAAAUCCUCUACAAUGCAGCAAAGCCUUGUCCCCCUACCACAGCGCAAGUGACGGCGAAAGUGGCGGGCGAUUUGUCGGUACGCCUGGACUAUGGAAUCUCGCUGAUCGGCACCCUCCGCAACUUUGACUUCAGCGAAGCUUAUGCCUUUUUUAACCUCGAUGGGCUAGAGGUAGACUCAAUGGCUUCAUUGGAUGCUAAUGCGGCCUUCCGUUACGAGUCGGAGAAACUUCAGUUGUUCGACCAGUGGGAUCCUUUUGCGGGCAGCUUUAACAUCAAAGGACUUUUCACAGUGGGACCGUACUUUGAUACUACUGCCCAGAUUCGGGGAGCAGCAACCAUGUCCGGGAAGGUCACUACCGGACUAGGUCUGAUCACUAGCCAGCCAUUUACCUAUAUGUUUCCGCAAUCGAUGAAUCGGUUUCCGUCAUCAUCUAUCAUUAGGCCUGCUGUGCUAACCACCUCGGUUGAGGCCUAUAGCAAGGCUAACAUUACAGCAGACGGCUCUAUCACACUCACUAUGGUCCCUAGUCUUGGAUUCCAAAUCCAGCUAUAUGCGUUUGGCGAGAGACUGGUUAAUACACGUGUGUCUACUAGUUUCAGCAAUUCUGCGACUGUGCGUGUCGGCGCAGGAACUGGCUCCGAUGUUCUUUGUGGCGGUGCUUCUUACGGCGUUGAUUACUCUCUAGACAUCGAUAUCACCAUUGAGAAUCCACUCCCAGGCUGGGAUUCAGGAACACAAAGCAUCAGCGUCUACGCAAUUGACAAAGAGCUGUCACCAAUGACGUGCUAUCCUUGGAAAGUCUCUACCAGUAAGCGAGACACGGGUUUAAGAGCUAUUUCCAAUAAUUCUACCACGUCUUCACUGGCAAGGGGCCUGGCUAAGAGGGCAGAAACCUCGAGUAGCGUCCUCUUUCCCGAUAUCUUUGGUGGUGCCCUACGGUGCCCAAACAAAAAGAAGACACCAACAGGAGACUGCAAUGCUUCUAUUCCAGGGUGGGGCGGUGCCGGUUCUACCGAUACUUUGGUCUCCAAGCGCGAUGAAGAAGAUUAUCUAUCAGGAAUCAUCUCUCCGGGAGUGAAAAUUGGACCUCAUGAGAAUACCAGGAAUUUUCAUGUCCUGGAGAAGCGAGAUAGGAAGAGUUUUGAGUUCUGCCAAGGGGACGCUUUUAUGAUUGCGUGGGCACCAGUCUUUCCGGAGUCAAGCACCUUGAUCAAAAAUGUGGCAACGAAUCCUUUCUUUACUUACGGGCCCCUCAAUCCCGACGAUUGUGACGAUUAUAGCUAUGGCAGGGUCCCAACACCACCACAAGCAGAUUCCAAAAAUUGGGCCACUGAGCAUGUCCUUGAGUGGCAAUUGCUGGCAGAUUUCUGGCUGGAUAUGACUGACAAAAGUGUGACAGACACGUUUGAUGAUCCCAGAACAAAAUCCCCCACCACCAAACCGAUUAAAAUCUGCAAGUAUCUACGUUUCUGGUGGUAUACACAGUUAAUACCCCUCCCGAACCUAGAAACGGCAAGACCCGUCGACCUUGUGGCACAGGCAUUUCCCGGUACCAACAACUUCCGCAAUGAACUGAUGCUUAUUGAUAAAUUUACAAACGGAGCCAAAAUGGCGCUGUGGGGUGACGUUGAGGUCAGAAAAGACACCACUAUGCAGAAUUAUCUGAAAGGCAACGAGGGGCGUGAUUUCAAUGACGCUGUCAAUAUCUGCAAGAGAGUCAUCUUCGCCAUGAAAUAUAUGACGGACGCCCUUGUCUCUCAAACCCUGGUUACCCAAGCCACUCGUGUGGGAGAUUACUUUGAUCAAGUCGAGAAGGCUCUCUCAGAAUAUGAUGACCCGUCCUGGAAUCGAGAACCGUAUAAAAUCCAGGACUACGGUGACAAAUGGCGAGACUUCAUGUACGGACAAUGGCCGCUGAUGGUAAAAAAGCAGAAGGAUUUUCUGGAUCGCAAUGUGAAAGUCAUCAAUGACUAUUUCCAGUAUGACCCAAACAAUGCUCCCGACGCUGAUGGCGACACCACAAUGGGCGGGACGGAAGAUAACGACAAGGUGGUCAAAAGAUUGGAGGCAUUGAACGAGGCCUUCAAUGCGAUGCCAAAUAGUUUCCCGAAUCCGUUCCCUGCAAGCUGGCAAUUCACAUAG